ACAGCCAAUGUAACGCCUGAAGUCUCUCAAGUAAGGAGGACGGCACAACAGGUGUACGGCUGCCUUGAGUUUAAACAGAGCCGGUUCCCUAGACACGUAGAUAGUUUUAUCCUUAAGUAAAAUAAGCUUUCAGAUUAAUUCCAAGUAAAAUGCAGUUGCUGAUAUGUUUGAUUAUACAAAUGAUGUUUUGGACACUUUUGGCCAACGGCGCGGAGGACGGUAUGAGAAGCACGGUGUCGACGACCACGACGACGGCGACGAAGAAGACGACAGCGGCGGCGUCUGGGGGGAGGCCGGAGACCAACACGGGCACGAGCACUAGAACGAUUAGCCCGCACGCGAACGAUACGCGGACCACCGACCGAGGCUUCGGCCAGGGCUUUAAAAUGGACAGCUACAUGAUACAGAGGGCCCUCUACGUGCUUAUCGGCAUCACCGUCAUCGGCCUCCUCUACUUUCUCGUGAGAGCAGUCCGGCUGAAGAAAACCACAACGCAGCGCAAGAAAUAUGGGUUGCUGUCGAAUUAUGAUGACACUAUGGAGAUGGCCCCUCUUGAAAGUGAUGAGGAUGACAUGACUGUCUAUGAAGCAAAGGCCCUAAGAAGAUGAGUGCUGGAUUCUUAAAGACAAGAAGAUAAACAAAAGACUGGAAAAAAAAUGAAAACAUUCCCAUGGUUUUCGGACAAAUGUGACUGUUCGAUUUUCCUUUUCCUGCCCAUGAAAGGCAAGAAAAGACAGAACAUCUAGGUCACAGCUUUUGUUUUUGGUAAUCCACAUUAAUAUGUAUGCAAAUAGAUGGGAACAUGCAGGGUGUCAUAAAUGAAGAGAUUAUCUUCUUGACUAAAACUUUUUUUUGAUCAGUGAUUUUUGUGGGUGAGAGAAUAAACUGAAAUUGGGUGGGGGCACAAAAUCAAUUUGGUGGUUUUUUUUUUGAUGCCAAAGCUUCUUGGAAGAUGUGCUUUCACAGGAAUUUCUCUUAAAGACCAUUUUGAUGUUAUACUGCUGGCUUUUUGAACUUCUGUAACUGAUGCUUUUCUGGUUCUUGUCAAAGUUGUAGGUCAUAGAAAUAGAUUUUCUACUUAUUUAACACUCUGACAAGUAUUAUCACAUGGGGCUAAUGUUUUUCAGAAUGUCAUACAUUAACACAGUUUGAGGUGAUUUGUCAGCUUUUUCUUAACUAUGUUUUGGCCUUUAAAAUCAUACAUUGUAUUGUUAUGAAACAGGUUGAGGAAUUAUAGUAAUCCUAUUAAAGGUCAGUAAACCGUAUUUAAUUUUCAUCUUAUGUUUAAAAGUUCUUGUUGCCAUCUCUGAAAAUUUUGCAGGAGAGAUGCUUACAAAUUAUUUAAAACAUACAUUGCCCAUUGCUGGGCAGUAAAGAGAAGCUCAGCUACCUGGUGGUCUCUUAGCUGUUUGCAUCCUUGUUUUUAGUUCUCAUUUUGUCACAUGAAAUGCUUGCCGUUGCCCCUUGUAGCAUGAUGCUACAUUACAGACCCAGUUUUGGUUUUUCACCAGUCUUCACAGAAGGAUGUAUUACCCACAAAUGCUUAGUGAAAAUUGAGGACUUCUUACAUAUUGCCAUUUGUGUAGAUUUUGACUUCACAUGUAUUAAGUCAUUCCUUCACUGAUGGCAGAAUUGCCAUGUCCAUGGUGUGAAAUGGGUGUGUGUUUUUUAAUUUAAAGUUAUUUGUGCUAACUUGAAGCCAAAGAAUGAGUUUUGUAAUGUCUCUAGUAGCUCAGAGGAAAGCUCUGUGAUCUAGCAAAAUGUGUUCGGAAUGAAGGGGACAUGGCAAAUCUAACACUGAUUUGGACUGUUAAGCUGUGGGUUUAUUGCAACCAUUGUAUUGUUAAUUGUAACUAUGUUUGUCUGUGUCAGGGGCUACUUAAAAUGUAGCUUGACACUGUUUUGGAGGAGGCACUGAAGAACAGAAAAUGCAGAUAAGUAAGCUUUGGCCUCUACUGGUGCAAUGAUACUUAUUAAACCAGAUCCUGUAAAAGCAUCCUCUUCUGGGGAUGGCUUUUUGAAUCAGUUUUGCAUUAAUUGCUGUGCAUUUGCAGGGCACAGCAGAUCUCUUAAGUUGCAAUUUGACGUGUCAAUUGGUCUUUAUAAUUUUUCAGCUCGAGACUUUGUAUUUGUGCUGUAUGCUUGCAUACGUCAGAGUGCCAGACAUCAAUGUAAGUCUGUGAAGGACUGUACUUGUACCAGACUUUAUGAUAGACUACUUAUGGAAUGCAAAAUAGAAGUGUAAAGCAAUGGCGAUGAAUGCCUGGAGUUCUAAGUGGGAAUAAGUAGCCGGAUUCAGACUGUACUGACGAUGUAACGCAUUCUCCUGUUCCUGUCAUCAGUGCGUAGCAGCCUCACAAGUGACCGUGGGAACCUCUUUUUGUCUUCUCUGAACCUGAGUGAAAGUUAUUUGCAUGGUUUUGUGUUUGGGGAAAGUGGAAACCCCCCCAAAAUUUCCUGUUUGUUCACAAUUGCUAAGAUGAAAUGUUAAAGGCAAAGGAAUGGUUCCCUGUUUUGUAUGAGUCCAGACAAUUGAAUUCAAAUUUUUUUUACAAAUUUUGGUGAUGUAGAAUGCUCUUGUACCUAUUUUCUAUAUAUGGGACACAGGUUUUAUUGUUGUGUGUGUUUUUUUUUUUUUUUUUUAAAGCAUGUCUGCCAUUCUGUUGAUCUGUCAUUCUUUUUCUAAAAGUAUACUUUUGGAUGUCAUCUUUAUUGCAAAAUGGGGCCAAAUACUGUGUUUUCUAUGAAUGGGAAUGGUCUGCAUAUGAUUUCUUUGAGAAUUAUUAUUCAGUUUGAAAUGCCUGUCAGUUUGCAGGGGCUGAGCCUCUGAUUACCCUGGUGAAGAGUGAGUUCAGUUGACAAUCAGUGACUUGUGUUUUACACAUCUUGCUAUUUUCUAAUAAAAUUAAAGCAGUGUGCUUUUUUUCC